AUGGGAAAUGAAAUCGACCAGGAUAAUAUCGAAAAUAUGAAAAAUCCCUUUACAACGGUGCAUACCUCGCCGGCCGGACUCGCAGCUCGCGUGGGCAAGUUCAUCCUGCCAGACAGAAAGCCUAUUCAGACUCCGCAUUAUAUUACCGUAACGUCGCGAGGAGCUGUGCCACAUAUAUCGCCGGAUAUAGUCAGGAAUAGUACCUCGAUUGGAAGUCUCUAUGUUGGAUUGGAAGAUUUCCUAGACAAAGCCCCUGGAUCAAUCCCGGUCUUGAAUAUACCUCAAUCCCACCCCCAAGAAUCUCGACUCCGCAAAUUCAUCGUCGCACAGGACGACGAUGUCCUCAUACUCGGUGCUCGGAGAGCACAACCCGUCGUCACCCCGCAAGCGAAUACGGCGAACUACGUCGCGGUUAUAACCUCGGCGGGAUCCUGGGUUCUGGAGCACAAGAAAUGGCUGGAUAUGAUACAGAAACUGCGACCGGAUAUCGUCAUUGGGUUUGCGGAUUUGGCGUAUGGACAUGCGCCGGGUGUGAAGAGGAGGGAGAAGAUGAUUGAUCGGACGCAUGCGUUUACUCGCGAUGCGACGAGAUUUCUAUAUGCUGAGUCCUCGGAUGACGCCGGAAGUAGCGAUGAUUUGAAGAAUCCGUUAUACUUUGCGCCCAUCAUUCCACUUGAGAACACGCAGCAGGGACUCUACCUACAAGAUCUGGAAGAUGAGUUGCGGCCCCGAAUUUCGGGUCUUGCUCUUUACGAGUCUGCGUCGUUGUCUAUCGUACCAGAAUCGCUCAGUGACUUGCCGCGAUUGUGUAUCAGCGAGCCAUGGGCACCUCAAGAGAUCCUUCGCGAUGUCGCGCUGGGCGCUGAUCUAUUCACUAUUCCCUUCAUUGGACAGUUAUCCAAUGCCGGUAUCGCAUUGGAUUUCGCCUUCACCCCGUCGACAACAGCGGAGCAACAAAAUGAGAAAACGACUGCGUCCGCACCAAAACCAUUAGCAUUCGAUCUCUGGAACAAGUCAUACAGCACAGACCUCGGCCCUAUCUCCCCAGGCUGUCAGUGCUAUGCAUGCCGAAAACAUCAUCGCGCAUAUAUCCAUCACUUACUCUCGGCCAAGGAAAUGCUCGCCUGGUCACUACUACAGAUCCAUAAUCAUCAUGUCAUGGAUCAAUUCUUUGAGGCUGUUCGUCUGUCUAUUACGAAUAAUACGUAUGAGGCGGAUGUCGCCUCUUUCGAGAGGGAGUAUGAAUCGGCGUUUCCGAAGCAGACGGGUCAGGGCCCCAGAAUACGAGGGUAUAGUAGCUACGUCUCUGGACCAAGCGAAGCGAAACGAAAUGCGCCUGCCUAUGGAAGAUUGAAUGAUGCGCUUGAGAAGUAUGCCGAGUCACAGCAGUCUUCUGUCGCGACGCCGGAUACGAAUGCAGAGGGUUUGGAGAGGCAUGGGUUUGCGGAGAAGAGUCCUGAUUUGUAA